CCUCAAACUUAAAACACCAUUUUUCCGUAUAAAAAAUCUAAUUUCAGAUGGGAUGUGCAUCAGAAAUCCAAGCAGAAAUAUUUACAUCAUUUGGCCAGUUAUUCUAUGCAUCAUUCCAGACUAUUCUUUUCUUGGCAACAAUUAUUGGAUCUUUGUUGGCAAUUUUCGAGCUUUGCAAGAAAACAACAGUUCCAGAUUCCACACGAGUUCUUCUGAUUGGGAGUUUAUUUUUUGCGAAUGCUCAUGAAUUUGCGUACUUCACAGCUCCGCUAAAGGUGUUCCAACUGAACAUAUUCAAUACAAAUACCUCGUGUUAUCCAUUAAUAAGUACCCGUGACUGUAUUCCAACAACCACAGUUCUUGCGAUGGGAAUUUCUGGGAAUAUGUUAAUACAAUCUGCACUGAGUAUUGAUCGAUUAUUGGCUACAAUAUUUCCAUUUUCAUACUCUAGAAUGCGAGCUCUACCAGGCUUUGUGCUUUUGAUUAUGGUGCUUAUUCCUGCAAUGUUCACAUAUUCAUGGAUCCGACUAGAUAUUGUACUCGAUGAUUAUCAAAUGUUUUGCUCCCAAUGGUCAGCUAACAUUAGUACAAGAGCCAACACUUUUCUGGAAAUCUGUUCAUAUCUAACCGUAGCUCAUAUCAUUAUCAAUUGUCUUAUCAUUCUCAGAAAUCGUGCAAUAGAAAAAAGAUGUCGAUUCGACGUCACCCAGCGAUAUUUGACAUCUGAAAAUUUGAAAACAACACAAGCAAUAUGUUAUCUGUCAAUUGCUCAAUUUCUGGCAAUGUUUAUGUAUUCUGGAGGAGUUCUUUUAAUGAGAAAGAAUCGAGAAAAUAUUCCAACUUUGAUAUAUUUCAAUGUUAUUGUUUGGGUUUAUGCUCCACCAUAUGCCUGUGUUUCUCUGGCUCCACUAAUACUAUUCUCGCUCUGGAAUCUCAAAAAACAACGUCACAUUCAAAUUAAAUCAGUGCAGUCUGCACAAAAGGAGACCCAGGAUGAUUAUAUUAGGAAACUUCAGAAAUCUUGGAAAUAA